GCUAAAUCUAUUUCAUCUUAAUGCGGUUCCACCCUUGGCUCGACUGCUCGAUUGGUACCUGGCGCCAAUGCCAUGAUACCCGCUUACCGUCCUCGCUGCCUCGUAACCGAAUAACUGGGGAAGACGCCCGAUGGUGAUAGGCUGGUUGUCCGGCGAAAUGAACUUGUUGUUCUAUGUACCACAGCACACCGUCAGCGGCGUCGUAAAAGCGACGGAUCCUUGCUGACUUCAUCGGUAUAUAUAAACCGCAUAGCAGUACUCAACAAGGUCGGCAAGUUUUUAGUUUAGGUCAUCAAGCUUACACCAUGUUCUCUCCUUCGCUUGCUUCUCUCGCUCUCAUCUCCCUCGCCAGCACGGCGCGGGGACAAGCCGCUGGCUGUGGCCAGAACCCGUCCUUCACACCCGGUGACUUUAAAAACUUCACUGCCCCGGGGGAUCGCGAGUAUCGCGUCUGGUUGCCGGCAAACUACGACUCUAGCAAAGCGACGCCGCUUAUUCUUAGCUACCAUGGUGCCAACAGGGAUAUUUCACGCCAGGUUGAACUAGAUAAGUUAACGGAUCCGUUUUUCAACACGGACCAUAUCGUGGUAUACUUGCAAGGUCUAGAGGUUAGCCGACCUGGUCACACGGAAUGGGAGGGAGCCCCAGACUGCAACUCGGACGACAUUGGGUUCACGAACAACGUGCUCGACGCCGUAAGCAAGGAGCUAUGUGUGGAUGAGAAGCGCAUAUACGCGACGGGCAAAUCCCAAGGUGGAGGUUUCGUCGGCCGCCUCGCAUGCGACUCGGGUCUUUCGAAGAGGAUUGCAGCGUUCGCUCCGGUUUCAGGGGCUUAUUACAUCAAGGAGAUCGACAACGAGGCGGAUUGCCACCCGGAGACCGUCAAGGUGCCUUGCAAUGCGGGUCGUUCUAACAUCCCAAUCCUGGCUUUCCACGGCGGCAACGACACCACGAUCAGGUACUACGGAGACUUCCGGUCGGGAGCCUGCUUGCCGGCUGUCAGUUCCUGGGCGAAGCAAUGGGCGGCGAGAGAUAACUUGGACCAGACGCCGGCUAACACGACAAUCGCCCAGUCAGACAACGGUGUUAAAAUGAGCUAUGGAGGUGGUUUGGUCUCGCUGGUGUAUGAUGGUGACAACAUUGGCCACGACUGGCCGUCUACUCAGACGAACGCGGAUAACGAGGGGAACGUAGCGGCUUUUAACGCCAGCACGGCCAUUAUGAAGUUCUUCCGAAGCCACCAGUUAUCUUAAACUGUUCUGUCGUAUUCCAUUCAAUGAUACCUGCUUAGACUUGGUUACUUAUUAUCAUAUAAUCAUUAGAAAUAAACUUAUUGG